UGAGAGAAGAGCUGAGGCAUUCCAGUGUGGAGUUGCAGAAAGUCACAGAACAGAAAGAUCACCUAACUCAGCAGCUGAAGGAGCAGAAGAGACAGAGAGAGGCGCAGCUGUGCCAACUGACAGACUCUGAGAACGAGCACAGAGGAAAACUGUUCAGGUUAAAAGGGGAGUUGGAAGAAGAAAAGGAGAGUUUGUUGUCAUGCCAGCACAGGUGCAACACCUUACAAGAGCAGUUGACGUCACUGCACCGGAGAGAGGAACAAACGAACAGGAAGUGCCGCACAGCUGAAGAGGAAGUGACCCGAGCGGGGAAAGCUCUGGAGAAGGCUCAGCAGGAAAUGCGAGAACUAAGGAGAGAAAGGCACAUUUUGAUACAGUCCCAUGAAAAGGAACUGAAACAGAUGGAGGAAUACUACAGAGAGGAAACAGCUCUCAAGUUGGCUUCUUCACUGGAGGAGCAGAGAACCCAGAAUGCAUUGCACCUGAGGGAGCAGGCGGAGGAUCUUCGCAGGGAGGUGGAGUUAGAGCUGACAAUUGACAGGGAAAAGAACCAACUUCUGCAUCUGCAGCUUCAGCAAGACAACACACAGCUUCAGCUGAAGCUGGAAGAGAGAGAGAAAGAGCUGCAGAAACUACAAGAUAAGCUGCAGCAGGAGAGGAGGAGAAGAGAGGAGGAGAUACACCAGGAGCUUCAGCAAGAGGCAUCUCAGCUGAGCCAAGCUAAAGCUGAAUUACAGCUGAUGACUUGGAAGAAUGCUGAACUACAAGAAGAGGUGGUGUUACUCCAAGACACCGUAAGACGGGAGUGUGAGGAGAGGGAGGAGCUGACUGCUGUUUUGUCUCAAGCUCAAGAGGAGCUCCUUGGGCUGCGUUCCCUGGUGUCUCAUCAUGGAUCCUCCAGGUGCACUCCAGACCCCACGGAGAGACAAACUACCCCAGGGAACAAGAAUUUCCAUCUCUAUAGUCAAGCCAGGAUCCCCCUCACUCGCUCAUCAACCUCUCCAAACACACUCGGACCCUCCCUUGGCUUCAAAGGCAAAGACAGAGGCUGGUCCAGAGACGGAGAACAAACUUGGAAGAGUUCUUUGUCCUGUAAUAGUGGUGAGCUGUUAGGUAGAGAAAAGGGGCGAGAGUUGACACUGCCCAGACUGAUGGAGGGCGCUGUGAGCAAUGUCCAACGGAAGGUCAAUCUGAUGAUGGAGAAGAGGGAGAGGCUGUAAUUAACCAUAGACCAUAUGUGUUUAACACUUAUUGCUCCUGCUCAGGCAUAAAAAAAAAUCUAUAAAGUUUUGUUCGGAAUUAUUA